GUGACGUUCAACUAUGGCGUCCCUCUCGUAGUGAUGGAGGCGCACUGUUGACAUCAAGGCAGAACUGAAACUUUACUCACCUAUUUGCUGGCUGACACAAGUCGGAGUUGCCAUGCAGAAGAUCAAGUCUCUUAUGGCCCGUCAGGGCCUGAAAAGCCCCCAGGAGAGCAUGGCAGACCUCAGUCCUGUGGAGAACCUGAGGAUCCCGAGCAAGGAGGAGUUGCGGGAGCUGAGGGAGAAGCCCAUCGACCCCCAGGCGGAGCAGGAAAUCAUUGACAGCAUCGAGGAGGUCUACUUCUCCAACGACUCCUUCGACAUGGUGCAGCACGAACUGGAGAAACUCCCACCUGAGCUGAACCUGCAGGAGCUGGAGGAGUAUAGAGAUAAGCUCAAGAGACAACAGGCGGCGGUUUCUAAAAAGGUCGCAGAUCUCAUCCUGGAGAAACAGCCCGCGUAUGUCAAGGAACUGGAGAGAGUGACCGCGUUGCAGGCCAACCUACAGCUGGCGGCAGUCAUUUGCACUAAUGCAAGGAGGCAACUGAGCGUGGCGAAGGAGGGAUUCACCGAGGCCAGCCUGGGUCUGCUGGCCAACCAGAGGAGACGGCAACUGCUGACAGGCCUGCUCAAGUCUCUGAGGACCAUCAAGACCCUGCAAAGAACAGAUGUGAGACUCAGCGAGAUGCUUGAGGAGGAAGACUAUCCAGGUGCAAUCCAGCUCUGUCUGGAAUGUCAGAAAGCCGCCAGCACCUUCAAACACUACAGCUGCAUCAGCGAACUGAAUUCCAAACUUCAAGACACUCUGGAGCAAAUAGAGGAGCAGCUCGAUGUCGCCCUGUCUAAGACUUGUAAGCACUUUGAUGUCUCGCACUACACCAAGGUCCAGCUGGCAUACACGCUCCUGGGCAAAACACAGACUGCUAUGGACCAGCUGCACAUGCACUUCACCCAGGCCAUCCACAACACCGUGUUCCAGGUGGUGCUGGGGUACGUUGAGCUGUGCGCCGGCAACGCGGACACAAAGUUCCAGAAGAUGCAGUAUAAGGACUUGUGCACGCAUAUCACCCUCGACAGCUACAUUCCUUGCCUGACGGACCUGUGCAAGGCAUUGUGGGAGGUGAUGCUGAGCUACCAUCGCACCAUGCAGUGGCACGAGGAACACGACAAGCAGGAGACCUCACCCACUCAAGAUGAUGCUGCUGCAGCAGGGCCUGAUGAGCUGGUGGUGGACCGCAGCUAUGUCAAGAAGAAGCUGGAGCACGGACUGACACGGAUCUGGCAGGAUGUCCAGUUGAAAGUGAAGGCCUACAUCCUGGGAACCGACAUGUCUAACUUCAAAUACGACGAUUUCAUAGUGGUGCUGGAUGUCAUCAGCAGGCUGAUGCAGGUGGGUGAGGAGUUCUGCGGCAGUAAAUCCGAGGUCCUGCAGGAGUCCAUCAAGCGCCAGAGUAUUAACUACUUUAAAAACUACCACAGGGCACGACUGGAAGAGCUGAGGAUGUUCCUGGAGAAUGAGACGUGGGAGCUGUGUCCAGUCAAGUCUAACUUCAACAUCGCCCAGCUCCAUGAGUUUAAGUUCAUGGGCCAGUGUCGCUCUCCGUCCGUGUCCCCGAGCAGACAGGCCACGUCCUCGGCCGGCCCAGCCCAGGAGGAGCUGUCCCUGUUCCAGGAGUUCCUCCAGGAGGGGAACCCCUUCGAGAUGCACAUUGACCACAAAGAAGAAGAGACAGAGGAUGUGCUCGCUUCUAACGGGUAUGAGUCUGAUGAGCUGGAGAAGAGCGUGUAUCAGGACUACGACAGCGACAGCGACGUCGCCGACGAGCUCAAGCAGGACUAUGUCGAUGAGCAGACCGGCGACGCCCCUCUCAAGAGUGUGUCCCGAGAAACCAUCAGGAGCAAGAAGAAAUCUGACUACAGCCUCAAUAAGACCAACGCACCAAUCCUGACCAACACCACCCUCAACGUCAUCAGGCUUGUCGGAAAAUACAUGCAGAUGAUGAACAUACUGAAGCCGAUUGCCUUCGACGUCAUCCACUGUGUAUCGCAGCUCUUCGACUACUACCUGUACGCCGUGUACACCUUCUUUGGACGCAAUGACAUGCCUGUCCCAAGCCCAUCUUUGCCAGCUCAUGGCGGCAGAGAGGGGGGCACCGCCAGGGUGGUGGGCCCUGCCUGCUUGUAUGAGUCAUCAGGUCUGGGCCUUAUCAGCAGCAGACUGAGAACCACACUGAACCGGAUCCAGGAGAGCCUCAUUGACGUGGAGGCCGUGGGAGAGAACGCUGGAGUCCAUGCCCCGGUGGAAGACAGGAAGGAGAAGGUGCCCAGCCCCCACCUCAGCCAGAUGGUGGUCCUCACUAACAGCGGGACCCUCUACGGGCUGGCACAGAGGGUGGUGGCAACCGAGUCUCUUGUUUUUCUGGCGGAGCAGUUCGAGUCUCUCCAGUCUCACUUGGACACGAUGAUGCCUGCGGCCAAGAAGCCCUUCCUGCAGCAGUUUUAUUCCCAGACGGUGUCUACAGCCAGCGAGCUGCGGAAGCCGAUUUAUUGGAUUGUGGCGGCCAAGGCCAUCGACUACGAGCAAAUGUUGCUCAUGAUGGCUGGAGUUAAAUGGGACAUUAGGGAGAUAAUGUCACAGCACAACGUAUAUGUGGACGUCUUGUUGAAGGAGUUUGAGCAGUUUAACAAGCGGAUGGGGGAUGUUUCCAGACAUGUGCGCAUCCCUCUGCCCGUGUCCAACGUCCUGUGGGAGCACUGCAUUCGCUUGGCCAAUAGGACUCUAGUCGAGGGCUAUGCUAAUGUGAAGAAAUGCAGCAAUGAGGGCCGGGCCCUGAUGCAGCUGGAUUUCCAACAAUUCCUGAUGAAGCUGGAGAAGCUGACCGACCUGCGACCCAUCCCCGAUAAGGAGUUUGUGGAAACCUACAUCAAGGCCUACUACCUGACGGAGAACGACAUGGAGCAGUUUAUCAAGAACCACAGGGAGUACUCCAUGAAGCAGCUAGCCAACUUGGUGAACGUUUGUCUGGGUUCGCAUAUAAACAAGAAGGCUCGUCAGAAGCUGCUGGCGGCCAUCGAUGACAUCGACAGACCCAAGAGAUAGACUGGUGCGCGGAUCAAGUCUGUCAAGCAGCCCACUGAGAUGAACACUCCGACGCGGGAACUGAAACGGCUACAGAUAUACAUCGUCCAAUGUUUUCUUUUUCGGUUCAGAGUGUAAACGUUGAGAUGUGUCCCAGCCUCUGUACUUUAAAAUUUAAGGCUCAAAUGUUGCUAAUUGUCCGUCAGUCUAGUCUCUAUCUAUCUCGCACUUUGUGACACAAGUACUAAACCUCUGUUUGCCUCUCGAGCAUGCUGCAGGUACUCGUAGACGGACCGUGAGGCAUGUCCUCGUUUUUUGUUUUUUUUUUGUUUUUCAUUUUAACACGCUGCUUUUGAAGUUUUUCUGCCGCGUCUGCUCUGCAACUCACGUCUCAUCAGUGACCUUUAGGAGCUGAUCUAUAGUUUGCUGCUCCACAUAAACUGAAUACAGACUCUAACAGUGAUACGACGCCAGCGGCGCUUGACCAUGUGGCUAUUUACUGUGUUCCAUCUGGCAUUUAUAGCGCACCGAUUUGCUAAUUUUGAUUCACGUAGCGUUCUUUAGCUUUGCGGAAAAAUACAAGGAGAUUCUGAAUGUGUUCCCCCCAUUGGAAAGACAUCUGGGAUGUUGUCACCUUAAUCAUUAGGUUAUUCCAGCCCGUGUGUUUGCUUGUGUAUUAAAUCUCUUCAGGGUAUUUGUUGACUGGACUCUGCUGAUUCUCUGUUUUGUUUAUACAGCCCGUGAAUAAAAUAAAUCUAAUAUAACCAUGAUUAUGGGAGUAAUAUAAAUUGCUGUAGUUAGUGAUAAUGUAGAUUAUAUCUGCUCCAGCUGCAGUUGUUUGUCUGCCAUCUGUCAUAUCUGAUGGAGAGACUCAUUUUACCAUGCUGGGACGAGUUUCCGAAAGUCUUUGUGAAAGUGCUUAUCUUGGAGUUCAGUCUCCGGCCUUCUUCUUCUUCUUCUUUUUUUUUUUUUUUUUUUUUUUUGCUGAGUAGUAAACUUAUUUUUAUCUGCUUUGUGGGUUUUCCAGUUUAGUUAGUAUACUGACUACUACAGCUUUCCUCCAAGGCUUCCCCGUCUCCACUCAUCUCCUUUAAUUUAACCUGACCAGCCCCGCGCUGAGGUUUGUCACGUUGACUUACUGUCAAAAGAUAAGAAAAGAAGAAAAAAAAAACGAAGUUACAGUUUUUGAUACAGCUUCUCAUGUAUUUUUUGUGCAAGAAGAAUACUGUAAAAGUGAAUGUUUUGAACAAUGUCUGUAUUUAUUUUCUGGCUUCGUGUCUCGUUUGAGUUUUUAUAUGAUAAUUGCUGUCAUUUAUCAUCAAUAUUUAAACUUGUCAGAUGACGUUAAGUUUCAAGUGCACUAUAGUAGAAAUCAGUAAUCGGUGUUGGAACUGUAGGUUGAACCAGAUUGAUUCUAACCCAAUAAACACACUAAAAAUAGA